AUGGCAUCGCUCACAGUGGCUCGUAACAGCAAUAACGGUUCGUUGAAGUUAACGAUUUCGGAUUUGAUAGAGUCUGUGGAACGUGAGGUCCGACAUCUGGCGCUCGAAUCAAAAUUCGAAGCGGUACCGCGGACUUGGUACGUGAAACCGGAACUUCAUUGCAACGCCAUUGGAGUUCCGGCGGGCGCUCUGUCACCCCCGGCCACGCUUUCACCGCCCUGCAGUCCCAGUGUCACACUGCCGCCUUCGCCUUGGAGUCCUGGCGCGGCAGGAAGUAGCCUGAGCACUGCGACGUCCUCCAAUCCUUCUUCGGUAUCUUCCUCGAGCCUCAGCCAACCGACGCCAGACCGUUUUAGCGCUUUCACCCUCGUCUCAACCUGCAAUUCUGACGCGAGACUGCAGAAUCUACCGUUGACCACUACGGCCGCGGCACGAGAGAUGCGCUGCUGCUUGAUGUAUGGGGGUUACGGGUCAAGUGGGGCUGCAUGGUGGGCACGACACAUGAGUCUCUUACUACCCCAUUCCCUGCUGCCACCCUCGAGGAUCCCUAGCCAGCAAAGCACACCGCUCGCAAAUUGCUCCUCUUCUAUUCAUCCGGGACCCCUGAACACGUCUAGAGCCGACUCACCACGAAGAUCCACCCCGGAGAAAGUGAAAUUCGAAGAGGAAGCGCCAUUGAACUUGAGUACCAAGCCGAACGAUAUUUCGUCCACUGUGGGGCGAAAAAGUGAAAUUUGGUCUCCGGGAACGGUGUGCGAGAGAGAAGCAAAGGAAACAAGAAUACCACCAUCUAGGAGUCCAUCCUUGACACCUGUAAUCACUCGGCAAAUCCAUCAUUCACCAUUGACACCACCCUCCUCGUCGGAAAGGACAUUUCAGUGCAAACAAUGCGGAAAAGCUUUCAAACGUUCGAGCACUCUCAGCACUCACCUCCUAAUCCACUCUGAUACCAGACCAUAUCCCUGUCAAUAUUGCGGCAAGAGGUUUCAUCAGAAGUCAGACAUGAAGAAACACACGUAUAUUCAUACCGGUGAGAAACCGCACAAGUGCGUAGUGUGCGGCAAAGCGUUCUCUCAGAGCAGCAAUUUGAUCACGCACAUGCGUAAGCACACCGGCUACAAACCGUUCCAGUGCGGCCUCUGCGACAAGGCGUUCCAGAGAAAAGUCGAUCUACGACGACACCGAGAGGGGCAACAUCCAGCCGCCCCUGCGCUCGACUAUCGUUCCCUCCAGCUAUCCUCACAGCCCGCCAACAUCAAACACUCGCCACCACUGCAGUCAGCCUCCGCUUAUCACAUGAUACCCGUGCCCGGUAACAGUUGA